UGCUCUCUCUGGGCAGCGUGCUGACAGUUGGUAUCUGGACAUCUCAGGAUGAAGUAUUCCCCUCAGUUUCAGACUGUGCCAGACCGAUGAUGCCAGGAUGCCACAGGAGAUUAGCUAAGACUGAGGACGACUCGCCGGUAACGACUGGAACCUACCAGCCUGCCCAGUGACCAGCAACUCUCUCCAGGAAGGAACCUGCAGUUCUGGGUUGGGUGCGGAGCUACUGUGGACAAUGGUGACCAUCAAAGUGAUGUUGCUGGGGAAUGAGCUGGUGGGCAAGACCUCGCUGAUAGUGUGCCUCACCAGCGGGGCCUUCCUCCGGGACAGUGUGCCAACCGUCUUCGAUGCAGUCACGACCCAGAUCACUGUGGACCAGCGGAUGGUGACUCUGAACUUGUGGGACACAGCGCCCCAAGAGGAACAUCUUCUGUCCAUCCGCCAGUUCUACUAUCCCCAGACUGACAUCUUUAUCAUCUGCUUCUCCAUCGGCGACCCCGGCUCCUUCCACGAUAUCUGGAAUGACUGGUACCCAGAGGUUAAACAUCAUCAGCCCAAUGUGCCAGUGCUGUUGGUGGGCACUAAGAAGGAUCUCCGUCAUGACCCCAGCACCAUCCUGAACCUGCUCAAACAUGAACUGGCACCGGUCAGUUACCAACAAGGGGCGAGGCUAGCCCGUAAGAUAAAGGCAGUGAAGUAUGUGGAGUGCUCGGCACUGCUGGGAGAGGGUGUGGUCAAGGUGUUUGAGGAGGCAGCAAGGACUAUCCUCCAAAAGGGCCGCGGGAAGCAGACCAGGAGCUGUGUGCUGACCUAAC